CCAGUAAUGCCAAAGGAAAAAUAUGAGCCUCCCGACCCGCGCAGGUGUUACUCCAUCAUGGCGGCCGACGAAGUGGCCAGUGGCAAAAAGUCCCAGUGGGCGGAGCUGGAGAUCUCCGGUCGCGUUCGCAGUCUGAGCAGCUCUCUCUGGACCUUCACUCACCUCACGGCGCUCCACAUCCAGGACAACAAUCUGAGCCGCCUGCCCCCUGACAUCGCGCGCCUGCCGCACCUGCUCUACCUGAACCUGUCGUCCAACAAGCUCCGCAGCCUGCCCGCCGAGAUGGGCAACAUGGUGUCUCUCAGGGAAUUGCUUUUAAACAACAAUCUUCUACGAGUCCUGCCUUAUGAACUCGGGAGGCUUUUCCAGCUCCAGACUCUCGGACUCAAAGGUAAGACCGUCCGAAACUAAACGCUAAAGCUGCACUGUGUAACUUUUCUGCUGGAGGGUCCGUCGAACGCUUUUCUCACAGUCAGAACUCCACGUUUUCUAGGUAUUUUUGAACUUUAAAACCACCCGUAAUUGAAUAAAUAUAAAGUAGAGCUGUUUAAUUUAACUUUCAU